AUGACGAUGACCGCGCCGACGACCUUACUUACCCACACCUUGACUGCUAACAUCUCAAGAGCAGCCAGCAAGAGCCUGUAUUCAUCAAUUGCGACGACUGGUCUCAGGGCCAGCUAUACCAGCAUCCGUGCUCCCAGCUGCUCAUCCCGGCGGAACUUCUCAAGCACUCGCAAGACUCAACUAGAGUUCUUCCCUCCCCCGAAAGACACACACAACAUCAAAACAACUCCAGCAUCAUGGCCUCAUCCAACAGCCAGCGAGCAACAACUGAAACAGAUCGAGGUUGCUCAUCGAGAACCACGGGGCUUUUCGGAUUGGGCCGCAUACAACAUGGUUCGUGUUCUUCGAUGGGGCACAGACUUAGCAACAGGAUACCGCCAUGAUCCCAACAAACCAUACGUGAUGAAUGAAAGGAAAUGGCUCAUCAGAUUUAUUUUCCUGGAGACGGUUGCUGGUGUACCUGGGAUGGUGGCGGGAAUGCUCAGACACUACCGAAGCCUCCGAAGAAUGAAAAGAGACAAUGGAUGGAUCGAGACCAUGCUUGAAGAUGCCUAUAACGAGCGCAUGCACCUUUUGACCUUUUUGACGAUGGCAGAACCCGGUCGCUUCAUGAAGCUCAUGAUCAUGGGUGCACAGGGAGUUUUCGGCAAUGGAUUCUUCCUCGCCUAUCUUCUCUCACCAAAGACCUGCCAUCGGUUCGUCGGCUAUCUGGAAGAAGAAGCAACGAAGACCUACAGCUACGCCAUUGAAGAUUUGGAGACGGGCAAACUACCUGCUUGGGAAAAUCUUGAAGCACCUGACAUUGCAGUCCGAUACUGGAACAUGCCAGAUGGCAAACGUACUAUGAGGGACCUUCUCUACUAUAUUCGAGCCGACGAAGCAAAACACCGAGAGAUUCAUCACACCCUGGGCAAUCUCAACCAGGCUGAAGAUCCAAAUCCAUUCGUCUCCGAAUACAAAGACUCUUCAAAGCCACAUCCGGGCAGAGGAAUCGAUCAUAUGAAAGCAAAGGGCUGGGAGAGGGAAGAAGUCAUUUAA